AACUGUCAUUCCAGGACAUGUUGAAACAAACGCAUCAUACCAUACAAGUUUGGAUUCAACACUGACGAGAAGUCACGCGCGGGCUUCGCUGAGAUUAAGUGGAUAAACCUGGACAACAAAAGUCACGGUGUGUGCAGAAAACAUGGUAAAAAGAAGCAUUUUUUCCUCUGGUGUGUUGACAUGUGUGUUCAACUUUUCCACCAUGUGGCUCGCUAUGGCAUUUGCCACUACUGAUGUGGUGAUGGAGACGACCCCCAACAUGACAGUUGGCUGCAGGGACAACGUAACCCUGACAUGCGAGGCCAACUCGGCCAAACUGUCGAAUGUGAAGGAUGUGAAAUUAUUCUGCUGGAAUGACCCAAACAAUAUAUCAAUUUGUAAUACUACGGUCAACACCUCCAUGUGUCGGUACGAAACGGAUGGAUCCUCCCAUAAACUCUCUGUGACAAUCGUCGACAUCAUGCCAAUCCACGAAGGAAAGUAUCUCUGUAAAUUACACUCGAAACUAGGAACGAAAUACAGUGCCACUUUUAUAACUGUACAAGGUUGCCUUGGAAAUCAAUAUUACUUUGUUAAUAACUCAAUGGCAAAGUGCAAGUUCAACGGAGUUUACAGCAAGGGUGACAUCCAUUGGUUCGAAGGAGAUCAGAAGUUAAACUCGAGCUCAAAUGGAGUUAUGGACAAAUAUGGGUGCUAUGAUAUUACGAGCGCAAUUGAAGUACAGAGCGGAAAUCAUACUUAUUACUGCAGAUUAUGGAUAAACGAUUUGAGACGUUAUGUUUCAACUCAAAAGGUGGUUCCAGAUUUAAAAAAUUCAUUUGGGAGCAAAGGUGAACAUCAGUGGAUUUGUAUGUUGUUACCGGCCAUUUUAGUGACAUUUAUCGUGAAAGUUUGAAUUUAUGCACCAGAAUUGUAUUUUUCGAAAUUUGUUUUAUAUUACAGGCUUGUUUUUAAACAGGAGUCUCAUAUCUAUAUUUUUCUUCAGGCAGUUGGAGCUCACAGUUAUUAUACGCUGAACAUGGAGGGUCAAUAUCAACUCAUUCAGUGCCAUUGACGGUUAUAGACGUUAAAGAUAUUUACUGGGUUGGCAGUGAAUGAGUUAAGGAUGUCCUGAAAAUCGGAUACAUGGAUUUCUUCACCUGAAACAAAUCAAUUGUCCAAACUGGACACAAAGAUUGCAGUUGACUCGAUAAGCCUUUGUAUUAGCCAUGUUGAGCGCUUGUCUCUAAGACACCGUUGUCAUGGUAAACUGAAAGCCCAUUCAAUAAAAUGUACGAGAUU